AGAGAAAGAGUCCAAAACUCAGCGCUGUUCAUUAGGACCCACAUCUGGCCCUGUGGCUGUAGUUCAGCAGAAGUGUUGAGAGGUGAGGAUGUGGCUGUUUGUGGCUGUGGCUUUUCUUUGCCAGUGUGUGGUUGGUCAGCAGGUGGAGGCCAAGGUGAAAGGAGCUCCGCCUCGUCUGAUCUGCAGUGUUCUGGGGUUACCAGGGAGACCAGGUAAACCUGGGCCAAACGGGCCUCCAGGGGAAAAUGGGAAUAUGGGAAUCCCAGGAAGAGACGGAAGAGAUGGCAGGAAGGGAGAGAAAGGAGAGAAGGGUGAAGCAGGGGUAAAGGGGAAACUUGGCCCAACGGGUAAAUGUGGCGAGCGGGGUGUCCGGGGUCCAGGGGGAAAGAGAGGUCCUGAUGGAGAAUGCGGGGACGGGGGCCGACCAGGGCCUCCAGGGCCCCUUGGGAAGAAAGGGGACAAGGGCCAGCGAGGACCACUGGGUACGGCAGGCAUCUGCAGGUGUGGCAGCCUGGUGCCUAAAGCAGCCUUCUCUGUGGGAAUCACCAGCAGUUACCCUGCUGAGAAGGAACCUAUCAAGUUCAACAAGGUCCUCUUCAAUGAGGGAGGCCACUACAACCCAGAGACGGGUAAGUUCAUCUGCGCCUACCCGGGCACCUACUACUUCUCCUAUGAUAUCACCCUGGCUAACAAACAUCUGGCCAUCGGGCUGGUGCAGAACGGGCAGUACCGCAUCAAGACAUUUGAUGCCAAUACAGGGAACCAUGACGUGGCAUCUGGGUCACUUGUGAUGUUCCUGAACCCAGAAGACGAGGUGUGGCUGGAGAUCUUCUUCAAGGACCAGAAUGGCCUGUUUGCAGAAGCAGGGUGGUCUGACAGCCUGUUCUCUGGAUUCCUGCUCUAUGCAGACACAAACUACCUGGACUCACUAGCAGAGGACUACGCAUAGUGACUUAUAACACUCAAUAAAAGGACUGAGAGGGCUGAGUUUGUAGCCUCCCCUUGACAUAUUUACAGUAUCUAUAUUUCAGCAUGUAUUAUUUAUAUACUA